AUGGCCACCCAGGACCACAUCAAGCAAUUUGACCCCACAGUCCCAGGGAAAUGGGACUCCUAUGCCACCAAGCUUGAGUUUUGCCGUGUGGCCAAUAACGUGACCGACCCUGUAUUGAAGCGAGCCAUGCUGUUCAGUGUGUGGGGGCCUGCCACGUUCAAGAUUCCCCAGGCCCUUGAGGCCCCAACCAAGCUAAGUGAGAUGACAUUCAACACAAUAAUGCUGAAGUUGAGGACACACUUCGCUUCCCAGCCAUUGGAGAUUGCUUGCCAGCACGAGUUCUACAAACGAAACCAGGCCUCAGGCAAAUCCAUAGAGGCCUUCAUCACAACCUUGUGGCAGGACACCCACCACUGCAACUUCAGCGAUCUGGAGAUAAUGCUCCACAACCGUCUUGUGUGCAGCCUAAGGGAUGAGAAGCUACAACAGGGCCUUUUUGCGAAGAAGGAUCUAGCCUUCCAGGUUGCUUUAGACGAGGCCCUCAUGGCAGAGACAAUCAACAAGAUGAUGAGAGAGAUUCGCCAAGUACAAAGCCCACCCAUGGCAUGGAAGGCCGAAGCAGUGCACUCAGAUAAGAUUGUAGACAGUGAGGAAGAUGAGGAGGUCCUGAGACUGUGCCUUGGCUUGUCCAAGUGUUUUGGCCAACAGAGAGGUGCAGAGGUGAAUUGCACCAGUUGCGGGGGCCAGCAUGAAUGCCAGUCAUGCCAUUUCUGUGAUGUCCAGUGUUGGGAAUGUGGGAAAACUGGCCAUAUUGAAUGCACCUGCCAAAUGAAGGAGCAGUGGGGCACUCCCUGGUGUCCAACUUUAGGGACUGGGGAUGGUCACUGCAGGACUCCAGGUGCAAUAGAAUGCCAUGCCAUAUCGGAGUGUACCUGCACACAGGAGCCAACUGCCACAUCUACCCAGAAUGCACAGCCAAUCUGCGAGAAGAUUCGAGUAGCCGUGAUCAUCCAGGGAACCCCAUGCGAAAUGGAGGUUGACUCCGGGUCAGCGCUCUCUGUUAUUUCUGCUGAGACAUACCAUCACAUCUGCCAGAAGGGAGGAGCCCCCUGUUUGCAGCCCUUUGAGGUGAUCCUGACAGACUUCCAGGGGAAGCAAGUGCCGAUUCAGGGCAUUGGCACGUUCACUGUCCAAUUUAAGCAUUUUAGCGGACCGCUACAGCUGGUAGUUGUCAAAGGCCACCACACCAGCCUACUUGGCCUCAACUGGUUCGACGCACUGGGCAUCCAUAUCACCGGGGUCCAGCACAUAGGCCAGUCCAGCUAUGAGGCCAUCUGUGAUGAGUUUGCAGCCGUGUUUGAUGUGUCACUGGAGUGCUACAAGGGCCCACCGGUCGCACUGAGCCUCAACCCGGCUGUAGUACCGAUCCGCAUGAAGGCUCGGCAGGUGCCAUUUGCCCUGAAGCCCAAGAUCGAUGCAGAGUUGGAUCACCUCAUCAAACAAGGCGUCCUUGAGCCAGUCCUGCAUGCUCAGUGGGAAACCCCAAUUGUCACUUGCCUCAAGGCAAACGGGAAUGUGAGGAUCUGUGCUGACUACAAGUGCACCCUCAACAAAGCCUUGCAGCAGCAUGCGUAUCCUGUUCCAGUCGUGAGUCACCUUCUUGCAUCGCUGGCCAGUGGGAAAGUCUUUGCAAAGCUCGACUUGACCCAGGCAUAUCAACAACUCCCAGUUGACGAGGCCACCUCUGAGGCACAGACUAUCGUGACCCACCACGGGGCUUUCCGUGUCAAGAGACUACAGUUUGGUGUCAGCGUGGCCCCAGGCCUCUUCCAAAACCUCAUGGAAGAUGUCCUGAAGGGUCUCCCUGGAGUAAUUCCAUAUUUUGGUGAUGUCCUCAUUGCAGGGGGGUCCGAGGCAGAGCUUGCAUGCCGUCUUCGAGAGGUCCUGUGCCGUUUUCAAGAUGCCGGCCUAAAGGUGAAGAAAGAAAAAUGCCAGCUGGGGGUGCCCGAGGUUGAGUUCCUCGGGUUCCUGAUCAACGCUGAUGGCAUCCACCCCACACCAGCAAAGGUAAAGGCCAUCCAUAGUGCUCCACCGCCACGCUGUAAGCAGGAGUUGCAGUCCUUCCUGGGCCUGUUGAACUUCUACCACUCUUUUAUUCCACAUAAGGCGGCCACUGCGGAGCCCCUGCACCAGCUAUUGAACAAGAAAGCUCCUUGGAUCUGGGGCUGUGCUCAGGACACUGCUUUCAAUGCUGUCAAACACCUGCUCUCCUCUGACAGUGUCAUAACCCAUUUCAAUGAGACCAAGCCUGUUGUGCUUGCCUGUGAUGUCUCCCCAUAUGGAAUCGGUGCAGUCCUCAGCCACCAGUUGCCGGAUGGACGGGAGGCCCCUAUUGAAUUCUACUCCAGGACCUUGUCAUCAACGGAAUGCAAUUAUGCCCAGAUCGACAAGGAGGCCCUGGCUGUCGUGGCAGGGGUGAAUAAGUUUCACAACUACAUCUAUGGCCGCCACUUCACAAUUGUGACUGACCACAAGCCUCUGCUGGGCCUUUUUGCUCCUGAUCGGCAGACUCCUCAGAUCCUGUCCCCAAGGAUGCUAAGGUGGUCCAUCUUUCUCAAUGCAUAUGACUACGCACUUCACCACCGUCCCAGCAAGAGCUUGGGCCACACAGCUGCCCUAAGCCACCUGCCAUUGCCAGACAUAGACGCUGAUCCGUCCCCAGCCCACAGCGUGAUGCUGCUAGAGACUCUGCCCCAGCCACCGCUUCACACCACAGAUGUUGCCAUGCACUCAGCAAAAGAUCGCACCCUCUCCCGUGUCCUCAACUGGGUGUGGAGAGGGUGGCCAGUGGGUCACCUCGAUGCCAAGUUCUCCCCAUUCAUCUCCCGGCAACAUGAACUGUCAGUUCACAAGGGAUGCCUGCUGUGGGGGAACCGGGUUGUGAUUCCUGCUAAGCUGCAAACCAGAGUGCUGGAGGCUCUGCAUGUGAGUCACCCAGGUAUCGUCCGCAUGAAAGCUCUGGCCAGGAGCUAUGUCUGGUGGCCAGGCAUUGAUGCGGAAUUAGAAGAAUGGAUCCGGUGCUGCCAGACCUGCCAAGAGUUCCGACCGGCCAUGCCCCAGUCCCUGAUCCAGCCAUGGGAGAUGACGCGAAAACCAUGGUCAAGACUCCACAUUGAUUUCGCUGGCCCGCUCCAAGGUCAGACAUUCUUGAUCAUUGUGGACGACUUCUCAAAGUGGCUUGAGGUGGUGCCAGUCUCAGCGAUGAACUCCAAGGUCGCCAUCUGGGCCCUGAAGUGGGUCUUCACCACACAUGGCCUGCCAGACAUCAUUGUGUCCGAUAAUGGAGCACAGUUCACAUCGGCUGAGUUCCAGAAGUUCAUGGCUGACAACCUAAUCCAGCAUGACACAUCAUCACCAUUUCACCCAUCAACAAACGGACAGGCCGAGAGAAUGGUGAGGACCACCAAGGAAUCCCUCACCCGGAUUGUCCAGGGGGACUGGAACCAGCGCUUAGCAGAUUUCCUGCUGCAGCAGCACAUCACGCCCUGCACUGCCACAGACCGAAGCCCAGCGGAGCUCCUCAUGAACCGGAAGCUGGCAUCGCUCCUGGAUCGGCUGCACCCCAACAUUGCAUCUGAUUGGCCUCCAGGCCAGGAGCCUCCAGCGGCCCCCAUGUCCUUCACCCCAGAUGACCCUGUCUACACCCAGAACUAUGGAGAUGGCCUUGCCUGGAUCCCUGCUGCUACCAGGGCAACUUGGCCAGUCUCUUACAAGGUUGCCAUGCCAGACAGUCGGGUCCACCGCCAGCAUGUGGACCAAGUGUGGCACCACCUAACUGAUGCCCCAGCUCCAGCUGCCGCCACCACACCAAAGCACAGGGAUGAAGUGAAUGAUCAGCUCGGCUCACAGGCUGAUGCACCCAAGGAGGACCCUGUGUUCCCAGGAAGUACAGAGGAAUGGGGCCCUGGCACUGCACCGCCAGACAGUGCCAAGGCAACAACACUGGUGACACCCAUGACACCGGCUCCAACACAAUCUCUAAAUGACCCAAGGGGGCGAGCUCUGCCGCUCUCAUAA